GGUAGAGAGAUUAUUGCCAGAGUCUUCGUUUAUUCAGUCAUUGAAUUUCAAGAUGGCGUCUUGGGAAAUCUUUGAUGUGACCUUUCAGUUUAACCGGAAUUUUACUUACGAAAAAAGGAAUGUCGAUGCGAUCAAUGCGAAUCGCCGCUCACUAGAGAAUCAGCUGUUUAUCGACCGGCUGCUCGAUUUGAUGGGCGUGAAAGCAGCACAGGAAAUAUACCCUCCCAAGACUAAUCAACAGCUCCGCGAGUUGUACAAGCAGAUUCUGCUCUCCUCUUUUCCCAAUCAUCAAAAACAAGCAGUGAUCUAUUACCUUCUUCGAGACUGUCGCGCCACCAACGAAGCACUGGUUCAAUUUUUGAGACGAUGUUCUAUUCCAGACAAGUACCAGCUAUUCAUCGACGGAAUUUGGCAUUUGGAUCGACUUGAGUUUCAGCUAGCUUUGCAAUAUCUUACCGAGCCAUCUCUCAUCCCGACACUCCCGGACGAAAUUCUGCACGUUUUGACUUUACAGAAAUUACCGAGACAAGACGACUCGUUAGCGAUAGCCUAUUACUUGACGGUGUCCCCGCCACUCGAGUCAGAGAAAGUUCAGUUAUCCUACUUCCAGACACUCUGUCGUGCAAGUCUCACCGAAGCAUUCUACUUUUCGCGGAAAUACGACGAUGACCGUCGCAAGCGAUUUCUUGAACAUCUCAUCCUGUUCGUCCACAAGACUCCAGCUGGAGAUUUGAGGGGUCAGCGCGCGAUUGAACUUCUCGGUCUACCGUUGGACGAAGAAGAGGAGUCUUGGUUUGAAGAAUAUUUACUCAAUGGAAAAGUAGUAGCGCUUUCCGGCACAAGGGAUACCGUGUUGAUGCGGCGACUUGCGACUGGCAAUACGCGAGAUCUUCCACCGAGUGUCAGGUCGUUGGGCGGACCCAAAAUCGAUGGCGUAAACUGGGAUGAUCUACGACAAGGGUCCAACAGAGCUGAGUCACUAUAAACUUUGCAAGUGGUGGACUUUGGUGCUUCUCAAUGGCGUUUCCUGCAUUUAAUGGGUUUCAGGGCGGAGUUUUAAGAGGGCGUCUUCGGUGGUAUUACUUGUAUA